AUGGCCUCAACGGGUCCGAAAUGGAGUCUGUAUCCGUUGUUAGCCGUCGUCGCAUUCUUCGAAUUCCUUUUUGGGGGCAUUCAUUUAACCUACUGCUCAUCGUUGUUCUUUUUCCUGCUGCCAUUUGCCAAUGCGGUUUUUGGUCUCGUCACUGCGUUCCACGCAAUAUUUCUUCGCUAUCCCAACAGAUGUGAUUUUCAUCUUCAACUCAGUUCAUCGAUUAUUGGUACAAUUUUCUUUUUUUCAUCUUUGAUUGAGUCGUAUUGUAUCGGCGAAUUCAAUUAUUCUGAGGCAACAAUCAAAGAUGGAAUUUGUCACGGUUUAAAGUACCGCACCAUAUCAUUCGUUGGGUCUUGCAACGAUUUGGUUGGAACAAUGCAACUCUCAAUUCUGUCAAAACUUGGUUGGAAGCCGAAAGAUAAAGAACAAAUUUUAUUUGUCACGUCUGUCUGUCUUUCAAUUCUUUCCGGGACCCAUUUGCUCAUUUGUGCACUUUUAACAUUUUACAGCGCCAUUGAAACCAAAGUCAGACUAUAUUCGUAUCAUUACCAAAUCGUAGUUGGAGUUUUAAUCAUUUUCACUUCUAUAUUCCAUUUAAGAUAUUGCUGCACAUUUUUCUUUCUUUACCUGCCGCUAGCUAUUGGAUUAUUUUCAGUCUUUCAAGGAAUUGUAUCUUGGAGAACCAAAUGUCAUGGAUCAGCAACUCGUGGAAUCAAUAUAAUCGGAGCUGCCUUCGCGGUCACAUUAAAUGCAACGACAUCAUUCGGAAUAUUCUGUUGGGCGAAUCGAAAUACAAUUCCGCACAUGAUAACAAGACAUUGCCAUUGGUUCUCCGAACGUGAAGCGUAUUGUCUUCGAGUGGUCCAUUUCACUCAUCCUUAUAUCGAUUGGCUUCCGCAGGAAACCGAAAGAGAAAUUGCCGCGGUUCAGAUUACUGUUCAAAUUAUAAUGUUCAUCUUAUCUUGCUUUCAAUUUGGCUUCUCAAUGAAAUCAGCGUUUUCGACAAAACAAUUUUACUUAUAUUAUUAA